UCCUCCUCCUCCCACAAAACGCGCUUUCCUGUUUCUGUUUCCCUUUCGCUGGUGCCACAAGUGUCUGUUGUUGGCUUGGGCGCACGACCGCUGCGCGCGAGACCAGGCCAGGGGCUUUCCCGGCCCUGCACUUCUCGCUCCGGGCGCACCGGGCGUCCCCGAGCUCCCUCAGAGCCGGCAGUUCCACGCGAGAAACCCUGGACUCACCCCUGCGUCGCCGGGGCUGCUGCCCGGGACGCCUGUGCCUGGACUCCGGUUGUACCGCCAGCCGCCAUGAAUCGUCAGGUCCGCAACGGCUCCAGCCUCGGGGGUGAGCACCUCACAGACCUGCUGGUGUUCAGCUUCCUCCAGCAUGGCCCCAACAACUUCCAGGAGGAGCUGAAGAAGCUGGACCACACUCUGCCGGUGCCCCACGGCCCCCAGGAGCACCUCGAGGAGGAGCUGCAGACCGACGGCAGCCGGUGCAGCCACUUCGUCUUCGAGGACCAGAGCAGAGGUUCUGAGACUCAGGAGGAUGUCAUCCGGGACAUCGCCCGGCAGCUCGCCCGGAUCGGGGACACGAUGGACCGCAGGGUCCCCCAGGGCCUGGUGGACCACCUGGUGAUGCAGCUCAGGGACCGGAGCCUGUCCGAUGAGGGCCGGAGGGCCUGCCUGGCCACCGCGGUGGACCGGGUCUUGCAGGCCUGCCCUAGAGACAUGGAAGAGGAGAAGACGAUGCUGCUGGUGACCAUGCUGCUGGCCAGGAAGGUGGCCAGUCACACUCCGUCCUUGCUGCGCGAGGUCUUCCACACAACAGUGAAUUUUAUUAACCAGAACCUGCUCACCUACGUGAGAAACUUAGUCAGAAAUGAGAUGGACUGACGGUGGCUGCAGACAGUCCGGUCGGUACCUGCGCCUGUGGAGACGGAGUCCAACCAUGUACACGAAGCUCCUAGAGCAGAUGGUCUUUACUCUUUUAAAGGUGAUGCUUGAAGCUGGUGCCCCACUUAGAAGUCUCCCCAUUGACAUACUUGAAUGGAAAUGGCCACGUGCACAUAUUCAAACGAGUUUGAUCUUAUCUUGUAAAUCUAUGUGUUGUGGCUUUAUCUUUUUGAGCUAUGUGGAUCCCCACUCAAAAAUUAAAGUUAAAAGCAGAUUGUAAGACAAGAUAAAAAACACACUUAAUGUUUCUUCUCUAAAACAAAACACUUUAUUAAAGUGCAGCCGUGGGGCACAGUCUUACAGGGGUGUCGUGUGUGGGAGAGCAAGACCCAGACGCGGGACUCGUGUGCCCCUUAAAGAUCCUUGAGGAACAGGGUGCAUCGUGAUGCUUAGGGAGGGCUAGGCCUCCUGUUGAAAGACCACACAGCGCAGGAGAGUCUAGAUUCAGAGCACGUUGAACGUUUUCAACCUGAUUUCAUCAGCGUUGAGAAAAACCGCAGGCGAGUGAAAGGUGUGGAGGGGACUUAAGGGCCCAUGUUAUCCAGUUUCCAGAAUCAAGUAGCUGCAGGCACCUGUGUCUCUGUGAGAAGUCCAAGGCUCUGAUAAAAUUUUCAAGGUGCUGCAGUGCCAGAAACUAUUGUGUAUGUUCCAUGUGAACUGUCUGCUUGUAAUCUUGUUUUCAUCCUCCAGCCGUAACCCUCAAUUCUUCCAAGCCUCAGAGGCUGUAUCAGGAGAGAACAGGUUCUUCUGGGCAUAAAAAAGGAAAAAAACAUUUAAAAAUUCAACAGUUGAGGUGCCUUUUCUAGUGACACAAAAUAAAAUGUCCUAGGGAGCACGGGCAUGCGUAUGUGUAGCGGUGGUGCCACGCUGCCCGAGACUUGUUCCCCACAGUGUUCACUGGAGCCCUGUUUACACGCGUGACAGUCGACACCCGUCCGUGUCAUGCACGUGACCCUCGCUCCAUACUAACACCCUUGUUGCUGUGAACAUGACACUCUGGAGAAGCUUAUGAACAAGAGUAAUAAACAAGUACCAAUAAACGUUUCCUGUUACCAAA